UUCCUUUGUCAUUUCGUGUAUUGUACAAAUACAAAUUGAUAUACGAGGGGUGGAAACCGAAAUGGAACAUAAUUACGAGUCAGACCUUGCGAUUGGGUUUUAGUCCAUUUUCCAUUAAAGGACAGGACAACAAAAGCAGUGCGUUUGAGAUUCUUUGGGCACCGCUCUGAAAUCUCCCUCCGCCACCCCCACACCUUUUUUUUUCUUUUCUCUCGUGAAGUGAAGUGGGGUUGGUUUAAUUUCUGCUGUGGCAGUACCUGAGGAGUGAGAAAGACUUAGGCGGAAGCUUCGUUGGUAAAGAAAUGGGGUUGAUGCCUGGGAGCAGAGGGCACAAGGCUGCCAAUGGCGUCUCCACACGAUGGGUUUCCGUCUUCUGCAUUGCCAGCUUCUGCUUUGGAGUCCUUGUGAUUAACAGGCUUUGGGUCAUUCCUGAUCCAGUCAAAAUUGAUGAGGCUUCUUCUAUGAAGAAAAAUCAAUUGGGAGAACUUCAGCCCAUUGUUAAUUGUGACAAGAAGGACACAUCUGUACAGGCGGGAGACAUCCUUUCUCAAGUUUCCCAAACCCAUGAUGUAAUAAUGACUUUAGACAAAACAAUAUCCUCUUUGGAGAUGCAACUAGCUGCAGCUAGAGCUUCCAAAGGAGAUGGUGAGGAAGGAUCUCCAAUGGUUACAAAACCAGGAACUGAGCAAGUGAAGGAGCGCCAGAAGGUUUUCUUUGUUAUGGGGAUUAUGACUGCAUUCAGCAGCAGAAAACGCAGGGACUCAAUCAGAGAAACCUGGAUGCCUCAAGGAAAGGAGUUAAAGAAGCUGGAGAAAGAGAAGGGAAUUAUAAUACGGUUUGUUAUAGGACACAGUGCAACCCCUGGUGGUGUUCUGGAUCGCACUAUUGAUGCCGAGGAAACACAACAUAAGGAUUUUCUGCGACUGAACCAUAUAGAAGGAUAUCACGAGUUAUCCUCAAAAACGCAAAUAUACUUCUCAACGGCUGUUGCUAGGUGGGAUGCUGACUUCUAUAUCAAAGUUGAUGAUGAUGUGCACAUCAAUCUUGGUAUGGUUGGUUCUACUUUGGCCCGCCAUAGGUCUAAACCUCGUGUUUACACUGGUUGUAUGAAGUCUGGACCUGUCCUGUCACAGACAGGGGUCAAGUACCAUGAACCAGAAUACUGGAAAUUUGGUGAGGAGGGAAAUAAGUAUUUUCGGCAUGCAACAGGACAAAUAUAUGCUAUCUCUAAAGAUCUGGCUACCUAUAUUUCGGUAAACCGCCACAUACUGCAUAGGUAUGCAAAUGAAGAUGUCUCUCUGGGUUCUUGGUUUAUUGGUCUUGAUGUUGAGCAUAUAGAUGAUCGAAGCUUCUGCUGUGGGUCUCCUCCUGAUUGUGAGUGGAAGGCUCAAGCAGGAAAUCCCUGUGCUGCAUCUUUUGACUGGAGCUGCAGUGGCAUUUGCAAAUCUGUGGAGAGAAUGGAGGAGGUACACCAGCGCUGUGGGGAGGGUGAUGGAGCGAUUUGGCACACGAGUUUUUGAAUUCCUCGCACCCAGUUGUAAUAUAUUUGUGAAUGUGUUAUCAGAACAGUGCCUCAGACAACACCUUCUGCCCGAUUUUUGCCCAUUGAUGAUGCCUCGGGACAGUUGGUACAUGAUUAAGCUGAUUAUUGCACAUAUGGAUUCUCAAAAGUUAGUGAAAUUGAUGAAAUCAUUUUUUUUUUUUGUUUCGAAACCUGCAAUUUGAUAUUCUGAACAUUCAUAGAACCCUUCACAACAUUAUUUAAUGAAACAACACGAUUUGGUUAA